AUGUAAACUGCACCUCCAUUCUCAAAUAAUCAUUCAAAUCCUCUCUUAAUGAAAGAUGAUGUUGGAAAACCUAAACCAUCAACAUACAAUCUUCCCAAUCAAGAUUUUAUUUAUGGAUAACCAUUAUCAAGAGACAAAGAAGGAGCCAAAGAAGGUAUAUAUCAUAAUAUUUAAUACCCUUAAGUUACUAUGACAUGGAAAUUUCAUCAAGAAUCUCAAGAUAGACUACCAAAUAGAGACUUUGCUGAACUCAAUAAAUAAUCAAUACACAAUGGCUCAGUUAAAGCACAUGUAACUGAUUUAUAAUUAUUUAUACAGGAUAUGUACAAAUAUAGAUAGACUCACGAUGCUAGACUUAAAUUAAAGAAAGGUACAAAUAUUCAAGCUAUUGAAUUACCAGAAGAAGAAUUUCGUUAUGGACGUAAAAACAGGUAAUUCCAAAUCCCUAUUUAGACCAUCAACCCCUAUGAAAUUGGUAAUGGGCAACUCAUAUGGUAUUGAAGCUGAAUCAACUAUUCUGGAUAAAUAUCAAUAGAGAGCAGGAUCUCAAGUAUUAAUAAUAUACUUAACCAAAGGAUUCCAAAUUAGCUUCAUCCAUGGUCAAAAGCAAUAAGGCUUCUUAAUUAUUUCAUGAUACUAAUCAUAAAAAAUUGGCUGCAAUAUAAGGAGUAGAAAAGAAGGAACCCUUUAAGAUGGAGAAAUUUAAAUCUGUCACCCCUAAAAUUAAUACCAAUUUAUCAACUAAAAAAUGA